CUGGAGGGUGCAAGGGAGGGAGGCGGUCGAAUCCGUCAUCCGCUGAGCACAGUGGCGGACCCAGCUGCUACGCUCCCGAGUCCGAGGGGAAGGCAGAGGAGACAAGCAGGCAGGAUGGGUGCCGCUGGUGACGCCGCGGCAGCGGGCACGCGGACGCGGUGCGAGCUCUGCGGGAGCGCGGCGGCCGUGCACUGCGCCGCGGACUCGGCGUUCCUCUGCCCGCGCUGCGACGCCAAGGUGCACGGCGCCAACUUCCUGGCGUCCAGGCACGUGAGGCGCCGCCUGCCGCGCGGGGGCGCCGAGUCCGGGGCGUCCUCGUCCAGCGGCUCCUGCCUGUCCACGGCCGACUCCGCGCAGUCGAGGGCGGCGCCGCCGCCGCCAGGGAGAGGGAGGAGGGCGGAGGACGUGCUGGAGGGGGGGUGGGCCAGGAGGAAGAGGGUCGCGGCGGGGCCCGCGUGCCGUCGUCGCGUCCCGCUCCGCGUCGCGAUGGCCGCCGCGCGCUGGUCGGAGGUCCGCGCCGGCGGUGGAGCGGAGGCUGCGGUGCUCGCAGUUGCGGCGUGGUGGAUGACGCGCGCGGCGAGAGCGAGACCCCCGGCGGCGGGCGCUCCGGACCUGGAGGAGGGAUGGGCCGAGUGCUCUCCUGAAUUCGUGGUCCGGCAGGGCCCACAUCCGUCUGCAAUGUAGCAACAGCAUGUGGGCGACGUUAGUUUGUCCUUUUCCUCCCUAAUUAUUUUAGUAAUUAACGAGAUC